AUGUUCAAGUUCGGGUUAACGAAAAAGCCUCCAAGUCCGCAACUUGAACAAGUCCCUGCCUCCAAUGCCUCCUUUAGCUUAGAAAUUCAAGUUGGAGAGAUGAACGCAGUCCUUGUGGCCCUUGGCUGGCUUAACGACCGCGAUCUCUACCGCGUCUGUGCAGACAAGUCCAGCCUCGGUGAAGACCUUUUCAAGAUGGCGCUGGAGCACAUAGACAAAUGGGGAGAAGGCGGCUUCAAGGCCAAAAGUAAAUACGGGAUACUGACAGACGUGGAGAAAAACAUGCUCGCCGCGAAAAAGAAAGCUAGUAUCUUCUAUGAGAGGUGGCCCGUUGAUGAGAGGAAGAAGAUCCUCCGAAUCCUGAGCCUGAUGAUCCUUCACAGACGAGGGAAUAGGAUUCCUGGUCACCAUUUCCCCAAAUUUUCAUUGGAGAUUUUUGAGCUCUAUACGGAGAUGUUUGAUGAAUUGACUGCAAUUGACUCUGACUUUGAAGAUAUUAGGCAAGAGAUGUUCUCUGCGCCGCCCAUUCCGGGCUGGUUGAUUCAGAAACUCCCCCAGCGGACUGUUGAUCAGAAGCUGGUGGAUUGUGUGAGUGUGUGUGCUAUUUGUACGGUAGCUCCUGAUGUGGAUACACUGAUCACUGAGCUUCCUUGUCAUCAUAUGUUCCAUGGGGUGUGUAUCGCCCAUGGCUUUGGAAACAUAAUAGUUGUCCCAUGUGCCGAGAAAGAAUCAGUGAGUGGGCAGAAGAAUACCUGGAAUGAGCCGGUCAUUUUACCCAUACUGGUAGUUUUUCUUCUUUCGUUUAACUAG